AAUUCUACCUAUCUACUAACAGGUGGUCUCGAGUUUCAAAAAAGUUCAAACUCAAUUACUGCGCGCCGCCUACCACUAAACGUCACUCUUUCUAACUUUAAUUUCUUUGAUAAAUUACACAUCUGCACGAAUUCUACACUCCUUUCGAUAAAGAACUUACGUCAAUCAACAUGGAUUCAAUGGAACCAGAACAAACCCCUUUCGAAGCUGUGAGCGCGCAAACUUCGAAGAUAGGACGUGUAAGUUCGUCUGUAAAUGCGAUUUCUUGUAUCGCAUCAUUUCGAAAAGAACUAUGAAGCUAAUUCAAAGGCAAAUAGCAAUAUCAAGCUUGGUUAGACAAGUCAACACCAUAUGUUCCUUACAGAUGGCUGGCCACUUUCGCGCUUCUAUUGAUAUUUUUCAUUCGCAUAUUCGUCGCACAAGGAUGGUAUAUUGGUAUGUCAAGCCUCGUUCAUUUGGCGCAUUCUCAACUUAUAGAUCUCGAUAGUGGCAUACUCUUUGGGAAUCUACCUCCUCAACCUUUUUCUCGCUUUCCUCCAACCCAAGUUCGAUCCCUCCAACGAAGCUAUCGAUAAUGAUAUGGAGGAUGGGGCUGCUGGUGGAUUACCAACCAAACAAGACGAAGAAUUUCGCCCAUUCAUCAGAAGACUUCCCGAGUUUAAGUUCUGGCAUUCUGCGACAAGAGCGAUCGGAAUCGGUUUCACUUGUACAUGGUUUGAGAUCUUCGAUGUACCAGUCUUCUGGCCAGUUUUGGUUGUUUACUGGUUGAUUCUGUUCAUGUUGACUAGUAGGUUAUUCCAUUUACACGACAAUAAGGAGCACAGUAGUGUUUAAGCAAUUACUGACAUGUUCCAUAGUGCGAAGACAGAUUCAACACAUGAUUAAGUACCGAUACGUGCCAUUCUCGUUCGGAAAAACGAAAUACACCAAAAAUAGCUCGUGAGCUCAAUUGCUUUAUGGGAUGCAACGAUUGAAUGACCUGCUCUGGUGACGACGGAAUUGAAGGAAUGAUAGCUUUUCUAUCUAGUGUACAAAACAGCAGCACCCCAUAUAUGUUCAUGAGAGAUCUGGGAGCAGGAAGUGAAACCCUUAGAGAAUUUAAUUACGCCUUCUAUGUUUUCGGUGUACUCGGGGGGCCAUCUGGGAUACUCAGGGUUUGGGUAUAGCUGAAAGCUAUCGGAUAAAUAGAUUAUAUGAGCGAGUCAAAAUUAAGAACGACAUUAUCACCUGUAUUCGCUUC